GCGCUUGUCCGAAGGAGUUAAUCUUUCCGCGAAUUCUUCAACUCAUAUACACCAUUUCCACUUGCAUUUUAGUGGCUUGCCAUACGGUGUUGGUGAUAACAGCGACGACUCAUCGGCUUGGUACCAUAGGAAACGAAACCGGAUAGCCUGCAAAUCAUGAGCAGCGGCACAGCGGCGCGGAAAAAUAGGGUGCAGUUCACUAAAAUGUCCUGUUACCUGUGCAGUGAGUGGCUUAGUGAUGAGAUGGUCGAAGAGCACCUGCAGGAGUGUAGCCGUGCGCUGGAGACGUGUCCAGAGGGCUGCGGGUUGCUGGUGCUGCGGAAGGAUCUGGCCGCCCACCGGAACCGCUGCACGGACGGUUUUAACGAGCCACCCAUCACUAGCAUCAGUUUGGGUAACGUACUGGCAGCGGCAUCGGCACCGGAGCCAUGUCAGACGCCAUCUCGAGGCUCGAACGGUUCAGUAACGCUGGACGGCGACGGCGUCGAGGCGCUGCUGCAUGAGCUGCGCUUCGUACACCGUACGCUCGGCGAGGAGGUGCACUAUCGGGCGAAUCUGCUAGAUCGUACAGUGCGGUUAGAACAGCGACUCGAGUUGGCCAACAAGUGGACGAUCAAGGUGAACGACGCUUUGGUCUCGGUCAACAAGCUGGUGAACGGUGAAAUCGAACGCCGCAACGCGGUCAUGGAGAAUCUAAACGAGCGCCAGAAGCUGUUGGAAUCCUCGUACCAGCGUACCAUCAUCACCACCGAUUCGACCGAGCUCCCGAGCCCCAACGGUAGCCGGGCGUUGGAGUUCAGCGGUGAGACUGGCGCUGCCGCUGCUAUGAGGCCACCCGACGCGGCGCCACCAUCGUUAGCUACUCGCCGUUGGAGUGCUAUCGCGGCAGGGGUGCUUGCACGCAGCCAACUCUGUGGUAACCCGAAUGAUCCGGUUCAACAGCUAGUAGAGCAGCUGAUCGAAGAGCAGACGAAAACAUCAUGCCGGGUGCAGGAGGCGCUCCAGCAGACGUUCGAUGCAGCCGAGCGGCUCCAGCGGAUGGAGCAUCAAGUGGAGCGGUACCGCCGCGAGACCUACUACACCAAGCAGCGGCUGGACGAUCUGCAGACCCAGCUGCUGCACGAGGCCAACCAGCGCACGCUCGGUGCGACCGACGGUCGGAUCGUGUGGCGGAUUGGUGACUUCGAGCAGAGGUUCGUCGAGUCGCAGCAGCACGAUAUUAUGAUGAAGGGUCCGCUCUUCACCAACCAACCGUUCGGCUACGUACUGCAGCUCGAGGUAAGCCUAUACGGUAUCGGUACCUGGCGCGGCCGGAACGUACUAGUCGGGCUGACCGUGCUGAAUGGACCGAACGAUCCGCUGCUCGAGUGGCCCUGCAGGUUACCGGGGACGGUGACGCUGCGCGACCAGCCGGUUAACCGGGCAGCCGCUCGCGACAUCAACAAGUCGAUUCUGGCCAAACGACAGAGCCAGCAUUACACGCGGCAACAGUUUGUCUACAUACCCCACGAUACGCUCCGCUCACAGCACUUCAUCCGCGACGAUGCCAUUUUCUUGGAGGUGGUGCUCGAUCGCACCACAGAACCGCCAUCCACACAAGCACUAACACCGCCACCAACGUCGGCAGGGUCUUCGUUCACUUAAGAAACGUCCUUUUCUCGAAGCCCCUUCAAAAUGGAUCAGACGAUGAAAUAGGACCAUUUUAAUGUUUCAAUUAUUAGGACGUUAAAUUCCCGCAGAACUUUAAGGCAAACAUCAAAAUAGGCAUACACGGCAGAGUGGGAAACGUCUCUCGUCGCGUCUUCUCGCCCUCGAUAACCAGAAGCACUCGUGCAUCGUGGCUUUGGUUGGUUAUUGGCAGUCGGCGCGUGUCGCGUUGCACUGCACUUACUCCGUGAUCACACUUCGCUGAUGCAGUGAUCCACAGUUACGUGAUUGAUUUCGGAUCACACGCCGGGGUCACCAAUAGUUCUUUACAACCUUUUCAUGUAGAAUAUAUUCUGGGAUAAUGUUUUAUUACUUAACUUGGAUUGCGAUCGAACAUCGAUCAGUAACGACUCUUACUCGGUCGGCGGAUGAAAAGCGAGUGCCGUUACUAGUAUGCAGAGAUGUUGGUGACCAUUAUUCUCCCUCUUGGAGUGCCGGAAAGUCUACUACAAUGCCAUUUGGCAUCAACAUUUUCGCAUUGUUUAUGUACCCUCAGAAACUGGGUUUUUGCCCAAAAGAUCGACUUUUUGAACUGUUUUGAUGAAACAUAUGACGUUUAUUCAAUCGAAAAGUUAGGGUUGAUUGUUAAAAAGUCAAUACAUCUUUAGAAAUUGAAAAACAGUGAAAAAUUGUUGGAGAUGAUAUUUUGUAUAUCAAAAGAAAUCUAUCAGGAACGAUUUUGGCUUAAAAUGGACUAGGGCUUAGUUUGCCUAGUAGUCCUAUUUCAGUGUCUAU